UGAUUGACGCCAUAAUAAACAUGAUUUCUUAUCGAACAAAAGUAGUGAAUUGUUGUUAUUUAAGUUAAUUAAUCAGGAAUUAAUUGGAUUUAGUUUUGUCAGAAAAAAUUUCUUUGUUUUGAAAAUUUCACAAUUAAAUAAAAGCAGAUAAGAAGUAAUGUGGAAGUGUAAUAAAUGCCAAAAGCCAGUAUAUUUCGCUGAGCGCCAACAAUCUUUAGGUUUUGACUGGCAUCCAGAAUGUUUACGUUGUCAUGAAUGUGGAAAACGAUUAAGUCCCGGGCAACAUGCCGAACACAAAGGCGUGCCAUAUUGCCAUGUGCCGUGUUAUGGAGCUCUUUUUGGUCCUCAACUCUUUGGACAUGGCACCCGAGUUGAAUCCCAUAAGAGUUAUGGUCAGAAAAUAAAUCCUCCCCCUAAAAGUUCACCAGGUCCGACGAUACCUCGAACGCAGCUCGAAAACAAGCUCAAAGUUUACAAUCAAUUUUAUAACAAUAAAAGCUUAGAAGUUAAGGCACGUGAUGUCAAUGGAAAACUCAUCCUUGAAGGCGCGUUGAGAAUCUAUUGGGGCAUUCAAGGCGUGAUUCAUCUUAAAGAGGACGAUGACCAAAGGACAGUUGUGACAAUUCGUAAACGAUAUUCAGUUCGUUAUCCAAAUUCUGUUGACAUUAUUCGCGAAAGUACAAUCGGCUCGGAUCAAGCUGUUGCAGCAAGUGACAAUGAAACGACAGUCUCAGAAUCUCUUUCCUAUGAUACCAUCAGCAUUUCAUCAGAAAUCAAUUCUCUUAGUUCGAAUAGUAAUAGUUCAUCGAAGGAGUCGUCACCAGCUCACAUCAGCAACACUUUACCAUCGAAACUUGAUGUGAAGAAGAUCGAAUGGGAUGAGAUUGACGAUUUACUUCAAGUUGAGCGUAGAGAAGAUGAUCAAAGAUACUCAACAAUGCCUUUGUCGCUGUCAUCAAGUAUGACCGACAGUCAAAUUUCUAAUGUUAGUUUGGAUACAGACACUGCAAGUUUCAAGACAUUAUCGCCAGAUGGUGGCGAAUCAACAUCACAAUCAUCGAGUAUUUACUACUCGCAGUUGGAUUCAAGCAACGACAAGUGCCAUGAUGACGAAGACACUCCAACACUUAAGCCAUGUGACUUUGAAGACUUUAAACGACAAAUGAGUGAAGAUUUUGUCAACGGAACCAAUGAAAUGCCAAAAGUCAAUGAUGGAACUUUGAAGUUCAAUCAACCGAUUGAUCCAUCGAGAAUCAAUGAUUCGCUUAAACUUUAUCAAGAAAAUAUUAUGAGCAAAAGUAUGCAAAGUGAAGAUGGUCUCAGCGCUUAUUCAUUGUCUAACAGCUUCUGCAUCCCGGGGCAAAUUAACUCAUUCAACAUUCAAGACACUUUAAAUCUCUUGAAGCAUUCGUCAUCGUCGUCAUCAUCAGACGAUAAAACUCUCAGACAUGAGAGCAAUAAAAUGUUGAAGAAAUCGAUUUCGUCACCAGACGAUGGCAGUUGGAGUUCGGAGAAAGGAAUUGCAAGGUCGAAAUCGGGACCGAAUCAUGCUUUAAUUGAUUUUGAGAGUGACACGGUGAAGCCUUCUGGACGACCAGCAACUUCAAUUAAUAUCAAGAUGGAUUGUUAUGAUGAUAUCAAAGUCGAGAUUUUAAAUGGAUCAUCGGGAUCAGCUUCAACUGUAACGACGCCGAUUGAUGACGACGGAACCGACAAUGUCGUCUUACGGAAGAAACAGAAAGGAUCGACGGCAAUAAAGCGUCGUUCAGGAAAUCGAAGAUCACGGACAAAACUCAAGCGUCGAUGCUCAAUUAAUGGUCACUUCUAUAAUCGUGAAACGUCAUUCUUUACACCACCUACCGGCUCGCAAAUGAGUGUUUAUGCAACGUCAUUGCUCAGCACACAGGAAAUCAUCAGUCUCGUCAUGGACAAAUACAGAGUUGAAUCGAAAGCAGAGAAUUUUGCACUUUUCAUUGUCAGAGACAACGGCGAACAGAAGAAGUUGAGUAAUGAAGAUUAUCCAUUGUUGACGAGAGUGUUGAUGGGACCGCACGAAGACGUAGCGCGACUUUUCUUGAUGGAUGCUCAAGAGGCUCAAGAAAUCAGUUCGGAAGUUGCACAAUUUCUCAAUCUAUCAAUUCCUGAGUGUCGUGCCAUCAUCGAACGAUACUACGAGGAAGAAGAACGCGAACUUUAUAGAAUUCGUGAGAAAUACUCUGAGCUUCGGAAACGAAUUCAAGGCAGAAUGGAAUCAUUGAAAGUCAGACUUUAAGGAGAUUGAUUUGCGAGCCCAAAAACAUAAAAUAAAUUUAAUGAAAUUUCUUCGUUUCAUUAGCGAGAAAUUGAGAAUCAAAAAUGCAUGAGAAAUCAUCAUGAUCUAAUCAAAAAUGUUACUAAUCCAAAAAGAAAAAGAAAAAAUGUUGAGUUCAAGUUCAUCUGAAGGUUUCUUCAUGAGAAUCCAUCAGAGAAGGGUUGGGACGAGAGACUUGGGGCGGUUUUAAUAUUUAAUUAAUCUGUACAAAGGUGAUGGAAUGAAGAACGAUCAUCGAAGUCAUAAGUAUUUUAAUGCAGAUGGAUUCUCGUGUUGCGUUGCUUAUUUUUCUCCUUCUUUCUUCGUUUUUUUUUUGCCGGACCUUCAGGCUGCGAUAAAUUUUUUUCGAAUUUAAUUUUAAGUUUUUUUUAUUUCUUUUUUUCAACAACCUUUAAAAGAGUCCACCAGAGAAGAUGCUUUUAUUAUUAUUUAAUUUAAGAAGCAAAUGAAUUUUUAUAUUUUUUUUGUUCUUGUCAGUUUUUAAGAAGCACACAAUCCGGUGAGGUAUUCAGGAGAUGAGACGACUUUAAGAGACUUUUGAAUGGUCUUCCAUUGACUUUUACAUUUUAAUUCGUCCAAUUCAGAUUUUUAAUUAAUAAUCAUUCUCCUGACUACAUCACUUGCUAUUUAUACAUAGCUAAAAACCUAGCACAAUAAUCCUAUCUUUAAAUUGUAAGUAAGAAAAGUACCUACCUAGAAGAAAGAAAGAAUCAAAUUACAUUUCAUGAUCAAACUUUUCAUGAACAAAUUGUUACACAAUAGAAAUACAUAAAUUGAAAGGAUUUAGAAGCAAACGACACCAAAAAAAAAGAAAGAAAAGCUUCAACUUGCUGCUCACCCGAUCACCGUUAUUUUAAUUUCUGAAACAUGGAAAAGUUUUAUUAUAAAAAUGUUUUAAACUUCUUUUUUUUUUGUUGCUUAAAUGAAUGUGAAUGUUCGUUUGAACUUCGAAGCAUUCUUGCACUGUCAUCUAAGAAAUUGUAUUCUUUUAUUCUUUCUUUUACUGAAAUUAUGAUGUAAAUACAAAGAAUUCUCGUUUUUCUUUCGUAAUCAAAUUAUGAAAAUGAUGUUUUAGUUUCAGUUCGUUUUCUCUCUGUUUGAUUUCAUUUAAAAGUUCUGUUCUGAUGCAAGUAUUUGAGGGGUAGAAACAUUGGAGCUUGAUGAAGAUUUUUGUAAUCAAAGACUGACAUGAAAUUGUAAAGAAUUUUCAAAGGAAUUUAAUUUAUCGAGAGUCGAGAAAUUUUCUUGAGUUUCCCUCCCCUUAAUUCAACACAUUUUUUAGUCCACUAUUAUACAUCUCGAUUCAUCUGCUGUCGAUGCCCUACAAAACACAAAAAAAAUAUUAAAUAAAGAGAUGAAAAAAAGCCAUCAUCAUGAUAUUGAAUUUCAAACGUAAGUGUUUCUGCUCAGUCACAGUUGGUGAUCAUUUCACGAGCUUCACGAUUAGCUCCAAGGUGCCAAAGAUGUUUAUGAUUACAAGUUUUUGAUUUUCACGUCAUAAAUCUUGACAUUGAGCAUUACUAACUCUCUUCAUCUACAGUUCGAGCUCUGAGCGUUGGUUAAUUGAAUAAUGUUCGUUCGUAUCGUAAUGCCUAAAGUCGAUUAGUAUUUAAACAUGAAAUUGUUUGAUAAGAUUAAUGACUAUUUGAAAGAAAAGAAGAAAGGAAAGAGAAAUUGAGGUUUGAAGUUGCACAUUUUGGGAAACUAACUGUACUCUUAGUUGAAUUGAUUUAUCCCAGCAAUUUAUUCGAAAAAAAAUGUUAGAAUUAGAACAUGAUGUAAUAGAAAUCAGGGAUGAGGUAACAAAGAAAAAAAAACACAAUUUGUAUGGUUGAAAAACAGUCAAUAAAACAUUUCUUAGAUAUUCAUGA